AUGAACAAAGAUGGCAAAACCAACAUCUUCUUGCAUUGGAAAGGACCUGCAAAAACAAUAUUGGCUAUGUGCUCACACUAUUAUGAUAGUGCAGGAGAAACAAAUGAGAUGGAUGAGGACAAAAGGAUGGCUUUUGAAGAAGCCAUUGGGCAUAUGCAAUCCAAACAUCUCAAAACUGUCGCAUACGCAUUCAAGCAAAUUGAUUUCCCAAAACUCGAAGCGAAUAAUUUAAUCUUGAUAGGACUGAUGGGCCUAAGGGACAUGUAUUGGACAGAAGUCAGAAAAGCAAUGGAAGCUUGUAGAACCAGUGGAGUUGGCAUCAUACUGAUCUCAGAGGACAAUCUAGUGGCAUUAGACGCCACAGCCGAAAAUGCUGGAAUUCUUGGGCCUAACUCAAAUGCGAUGGUGCUUGAAGGUGAAAAUUUUCGAAACUGCACUGAUGAAGAGCGGUUGAAUAUGGUAAAUCAAAUCUCUGUGAUUCGGAACUCCAACCCUCAUGACAGGGACCUUCUGGUGGAAUGUUUGAAUCAGAAAGGCCAUAUAGUUGCAGUAAUUGGUUUUGGAACAAAUGAGACUCCAGCACUAAAAAAAGCUGAUGUGGGGAUUGCAAUUAGGACCUGGAACACUGAGAUGGUGGAGGAAAGUUCUGACAUCGUACUAUACAAUAGCCAUUUCAGUUUUUUGCCCACCAUUUUGCAGAGUGGAAGAUGUCUGUAUGGAAACAUUAGAAAGUUUAUUCAAUUUGAGCUUAUUAUGAUCAUUGCAGGGAUGUUGACCAACCCCGUUGUCAUAUUAUUCCUGGGGGACUUGCCAAUGACAUCAAUUCAAUUUUUGUAUGCAAACCUGGUUGUGCCCGUUCUAGGUGGUUUCGCUCUUUUGACAGAGCCACCAACAGAAGAACAAAUGAAAAAGGGACCUAUAUGUCCAAGUGAACCGCUUAUAAGCAAGGUGAUGUGGAGAAACAUAGCCAUCCAAGCUUUAUCUCAGCCUGUCAUUUUAGUGACCUUUCAAUUCAAAGGACAGGCUAUACCGAGUAUCAGUCAGAAAGUAAAACAAAUAAUGAUCUUCAAUAUUUUUGUUCUCUAUCAGGUUUUCAAUAUAUUCAAUGCAAGAGAACUGGAGAAGAAGAACAUUUUUAAAGGUAUGCAUCGGAACCACUGGUUAUGGGUUGGUGUUUUCACCAUUGUAGCAUUUCAGCUGGCAUUUAUCGAGAUAGCACAUAGAAUUGCAGGUAAUGCAACAUUGAAUUGUAAGCAAUGGCUCAUCUGCUUUCUGAUAAGCAUGGUUUCCAUGGUGAUGGAUUGUGCUGGGAAGUUCACAUGGGGCUUCCUCAGCGACCACUUAAUGAUACCCUCUACUCCCUCAGAGUUGGUUUCUGAUCUUGAACUUCAAGAAUCAGUUUCUAAUAUUGAACUUUGUCAAACUCUUCCACUCAUCGACGGCUAA